UUAGCAGCAGAAGUAUUGAAAGUUGUGAAGGGGGAUAGGAAGCUCAGAGCAUGAAAAAGUGCAGUCGCCAAAACCUACCGCAUGGUCAUACGACAAGUUAUGCUGAAGACACUUGUCCGUUUCCAUUAAACGGCUUCAGAUACUUUGCGUCCAGAGCUCACUCCGGGUUUGUUUUCAGUCGAACCGGCAGUUGAACGGCAGACUGUUUAUUUUUGAACACGUUGCUAGGGCAUUACAGAGCUCCUGGCGGGGAUAUGCGCUUUGUGAAAGGACCGCUGACAGAGUGCUGAACCAAGAGAGAGAGACAGCGGCACUAACUUUGUUUCCACGCUUGUGCCAAGUGCCCUAACUAGUGUGGAAAAAGACUCUGAACUCUGUCAGUCAUCUCAAGCUGCAGCACGUGUAAAAGUUGACUGUUUUAGUGCAUUGACUUCGCUAUGGUGGAGCAAACGAACAUCCCGAGCACCGCCGCGCUCCCCGGCGACUUCAUUGAUUCGGUGGAGAUGGAUCUAGACAUGGACGCGUCUCCGACACCCGGCUCCCCGAACUCAACUGGGGACAAAAUGGACAUCGCCUGGUGCAAGACCCCUACCGGGCACAUCAAGAGGCCAAUGAACGCAUUCAUGGUUUGGUCGCAGAUAGAAAGGCGCAAGAUUAUGGAACAGUCGCCGGACAUGCAUAACGCGGAGAUCUCCAAGAGACUGGGCAAACGCUGGAAACUUUUGAAAGACUGCGAUAAGAUCCCCUUCAUCCGCGAGGCAGAGCGUCUGCGCCUUAAGCACAUGGCAGACUAUCCAGACUACAAAUAUCGACCGCGGAAGAAGGUGAAAUCGCCCAGUGGCAAGACAGGAGAGAAGGGCGAGCGAGUCAGCGGCAGUCCCGGAGUCAGGUCUGCAUCCAAAAAGAGCUCAAAAACUCUCAACAGGACGCACAGAAAGUCCGCUGCACUCGAGCUGCCUUCCCAAUCCGUCUCCGCAGACCACCACGCGCUCUACAAAUCCAGGUCCGUCUCGGCCGCCAAGCAAAUACCCGAGAAACCAGCAAAGCGCGGGCAUGUUUUCGGAGGAUGCAGCACUGAUAGCAGCCCGCCCUCCGUCGCUGUGCCAGCCAGUCCCACUCUGAGCAGCUCGGCUGAGUUCAGCGACCCGCCGAGCUUGUAUGAGGACGGGCUCGCGAGCGGAAAAGACACCGAGUCCGCUGCGCGCUUCAAAUACACACGCGCGCCGUCUCCAACGCCCUCCGCGUCGCACUCAUCCUCCUCACAGUCCUCAUCCUCAGAUGAGGAGUUCGAGGACGAGCUGGCAGACCCCAGUCCCGGCUUUGACAGCUUUGGCACCUUUGGCACUGCACCGCUGGACAGAGAUUUGGAGUUCAACUUUGAGUCGGGCUCCGGCUCGCACUUUGAGUUCCCCGACUACUGCACCCCAGAGGUGAGCGAAAUGAUAUCAGGGGACUGGCUCGAAUCGACAAUAUCCAACUUGGUAUUCACUUAUUGAGCGUGCUAGUAAUGAGUCUAAUUGAAAGGACAGAUUGAAAAAUAAUCUUUAUGACUCUCGUAAAGAUGGAGGGCUGUUAAAGUCCUCCGAGACGAGUCAGACAACGAGUCAACGACUCGAUUCCUCCUGUUAAUCAUGCAUCAGGUACUGUGGGUUCUCAUUAUCCACUGACAAGAGUGCAGAUGAAAGUGCUUAGCUUGCUCGUUUGGUGCUGGAAGGAGUGACUCAUUGGCGCGCGCGCGCUUUGGAAUCAGAGGAAGCCAUCGCGCGUUGGCGAGUUCAAGUUGUCCGCCCGCUUUAACUUUAAAAGGGACGUUUUUCAUAAACAGUCUGGUCAAAUGCUUGUUUUGCUGGAUGUACUGAACGGACAAAGUUGUUUGUUAGACCAGAAUCGCAUGCUUUCAUUGUUACUGAACUACGAAAGGCUGGUGUUAUUCAUUGAAACACCACGCCACGUGAGACGCUAAAAGAAACACAAUCACCAGCUUUUCUAUCAGCAUGACAUCAGGAUUCAAACGCAACUCCGAUGACUCUUACACUACAAAUCAGGACCAAAAUUCAUCCGAGGAGCGUUCUCUCUCUCUCUCUGCCUUUUUACUUGCCCAUCCUCUUUUUCUCCCAAGUAACUUUUCAGUGCUGGCAUUUUUAUAUCGAUGUAUUUAUAAUGGCCAAACGUUGCUCCUCCUUCCCCCUUCAAUUGUGUUAGUCAGUCUAAUUGCGUGUAUAGCCUACACAUGCACAUGUCCGUCUCUAUCGCGGAAGGGCUAGACUCGUUUCGUAUUAUUUAAUCGAUGACCUCUCACAUGAAAGGAGAGUAGGCCUAAAUGUUUUUCAUUAUUUUCUGAGUGUAUUUUUGUACAAAAUCUAUUCAAGGGGUGUCAGUCGGUGAAUAUCGCUGUUUGAAUUUCCGAUUUUUAAAACCAGGGGGUCAGGUUGUCUCAAAAUCUGCUCCUAAACAUGUUUACAGUGUCAAUCCACAGGCUUCUUAAAGAGACAGUGUCUGCAUUUGAACGACCAAUCAUGAUUAGCUUACGAUGCGCGCUGAAUGAGGUUGUAUGUAGCCGCAGCAACGAUGCUGUACCUUUUUGAGUACCAAUUUCUUUGUGCUUUUCUAGUGACACGUUUCGGUUUUAACCACUGGAUGGAAUUACAGUCAAAUUGCCUAUAAAUUCACGAACAGUGAAAUGCGUCUUCACUCCAUAAUUUUACAAGGAUAUUUAAUCUUUUCUACUUGUUGGCUAAAUGUAGCUAAUUGUUUUAGUAUAUUAUGGCAUGGCGAAUAGCAUUUUGUAUUUCUCAAUUCAGGUUUAUGUAGAGCAGUUUGUGUUUAUGGCAGAACAUCAACAUUUAGAUUUCUAUGUACAUUGACUGUAAAAUAAGGAAAAGUUUGUGUGUUUAUUUCUGACAAUGAUAUAUCAUGACCGGAACGAGAACAUAUAUCUUUAUACAUCCCUAUGUUUAAGAGUGUUGUUCAUGAGUUUUGGAAUAUAUAGAUAUGUUUUAUUGUUUCAUUUUGUGCAAUAUGCUGUGUACAAUAUUGUUUUGUCUCACCAUACCAUAUCUCAACAUUUGAGUAGUGAACUCAAAGCCAGCCAAUUGUGUCAAGUCACUGCCUGUCAGACCUCUGUACAGAACUUUGUCUUUUUCCAAGAAGGAAAUAAAAUCAGCUGGAACUGAA